AACAGCAGAAAAUUCUUAAAGUUUUGUUACUUUAGUUUAACGUGGUCUCAUCCCUGCAAGUUCUAUUUUGCCACUGGGGCAGAAGCUCCAAGCGUUUCAAAAUUUACACUGGUGGGACGUUGUUGUAUCUCGAUGCACAACUACUUGGUUAGUAGUCUACAGUAAAUUACUGGCUCCUGAGUUGGAUUAAUACUUAAUUAUAUAACACUCAAAUACACUCAAACUGCCCAAAGUUUAAUGCAAAGUACAAUACCAGAGUCUAUUUCUUGCCUGCUGGGCCAGACCUGUGCAGAUAUGAAACCACGUAUCUCUAAAAAGUCACCUUUUCAUGGUGUCAGAAAAACAGCCCUGUUGUCAGCUGUCAGCCGAGGAGGUUUCAAAGAGUUUAUUUAGCUGGAAUACAUCUGUUUAAACCAGUUCAUCACAAAUAUUAAAAAUCCAAAAACUUAAAAAUGUGUGGUUUUAACUGGACAAGAAGAGAAUGAAAAACUAUAAGCUGAAAAGAAGCUACAGCUGUCAGAUAGACGUAGUGGAGUGUAAAGGCCAGGGUUCACCUCUGAAAUGAAGUUGGGUAGAAAAUGGAAAUAUUCAAAGAACCUUGGAUAUUAUUACAUCCCACCACUGAUGAAGCUGCAAAAUAAAUGUGUACAUUUUUAUUUUAUUUAUUUUUUUAUUUUUUUAUUUUAUUAUUAAUAAUAAUAUUUUAGUAUUAUGUUUAUGAAGGGGUAACGGAUAUAAAUGGUGAAUUUACAGUAAAUGACAGGCUACCACUGUAGUAUACUUUAUAUUGUAAUUCUAGAGCUAUAUUACAGCAUCUUCCUGUAAAAUUACACCUCAGUGUGACCUGUAAUUGUUUUUUUUUUUUAAUGUCACUGAAUGUUUCCUCCUAAUGAUUGAUCUCUGAUGAGAAAUUCACCCUUACUUGAAUCCCUUAAUAAAGAUUCCCUUUAACAUGAAUACAUCCAUGAGAUUCAAAAACCACCAGUCUGAAGGGUGAAUUACAGUAAAUGUUUCCAGGAGAGACAAGAUUUAAGUUGGUAAGUUUUCUUUGGUGCUGUCUCUUUAAUUUCAAGAAUCAAAGUGAAAGUAUUUGUCAGCUCAUCAGUUUCUGUGUUAUUUGACGUUGAACACAACAAACUGCCGUGAAGCCUUUUUAUUUACUCCUGUACAAACAAAACAUUGUGUGAAGAAGGAAGGAGUCAACAACUUUACCGGCAGAGACGAGAGAAGCGCAGCAGCUCGCCACCAACAGCACAGACAUGGGAAUCCAGCUUUCGGUGCGUGGAAUAAGGGGAGAGGAGAAGACCAUCCACCUGUGUGACACCAGGGAGCAGUUUAACAGCAUCAGAGUGCUGCAGCUGACGGAGAAGAUAAUAGAGAAAUUUGGUUACCCGUGGCAACCAUCAGAGCUCCGCCUAAUCUACUGUGACAGGGAACUGGAAGAACCCGCUCUGCUGUCAGAGUGUGGAAUCAGACACAUGUCAACAAUUCUAGUGGUUCGAAGAGUACCGGAAGAGACGAGAGAAAUGCAGCAACUCGCCACCAACAGCACAGACAUGGGAAUCCAGCUCAAGGUGCAUGGAAUAAGGGGAGAGAUGAAGACCAUCGACCUGUGUGACACAGAGGAGCAGUUAAGGAGCAUCACAGUACAGCAGCUGAAGGAGAAGAUAAAAGAGGAAUUUGGUUACCAGUGGCAACCAUCAGAGCUCCACCUAAUCUACAGUGGCAGGCAACUGGAAGAACACGCUCUGCUGUCACAGUGUUUAAUCAGUCACAGGUCAACAAUUCAAGUGUCUCUUAGAUUACGGGGUGGUGGGAAGAGUGUAGAGAUCGACCUGUGUGACACUAAGGAGCAGUUAAGGAGCAUCAGAGUGCUGCAGCUAGAGGAGAAGAUACUGGAGAGAAGAGAUGACCUUGGAUUAACAGGUAGAGAGCUUUUUGAUUCUACAGGCGACCUACGCCUACAUGACAACUGA